AUGGCCAAAAGCUGUCAUGUCAACGAGACGGGAGCGAGACCUGCGCAAGGGGAUUCCAAGUUUUCCGGAGGCCAAGUAGGCAGACAACAUCCAGCUCGAAGGCGGAACAUGUCAAAUACUCAAAGACUUCGAGCAUCCUCGGAAGAUGAUCAGGAUGUUGGUGAGUCCAACGAUAGUAGAAUCGAUGCUAUCCUCUCUCUAAAUGCACCACACGAAGUCCAAAUUCAACCCGUGCCUGACACGACGAGUUGGGCCAGCAAUGCGGAGAUAGCAAAUCUCCUGAUCUCUUCCAAUAUGAACUCCGACAGCCUACAUGGACCGCAGUUGCAGUCGACAUCGCUGUUCAACUUUUGGUCCAGAUCGGACACUUCAAUCGAUCUGGAUCUUAACAUGGACUCCGUCGAUUUCUCGGACUUCGACCUAGCCAGUCCAGAGCGAACAACCACACUCUUCCAGAAGGCCAUACUGCCAAAUCCAUUAUGCGAUUUAGACGCCGGGGAACAAUUUGGCGCUGAAACUACCAUUGGCGAUGGGCUACCGCCACCAACGACAGCUAUACCGUCCCAGCCCAACCUAGAGCUCCUCAAUGAAAUGACGACGGAGUCAAUGGAAAAUGGAAAGUGGCUCUCCACACUUGCAGAGCUCAAUGUGAAGUUAUUCAGCCAUGCAAAAUUAAUGAGAGCGCACGCUUGUACUCCCGACCAAGGAGCACAGUCUUUGUAUGCCAGCAGCGCGAUGCUCGAUGAUGCACUGGGGCUAUUUCUCCAAUUCAUUGGGCUUCUGCAACACAGGACUGUGGUUAGUCACACGCCCAGUUUAUCAAGUAGCAUCGACGGCUCUUCGACAGGCACUACAUCUUCCAACGGGUUUGGAUCCGACACCGCGUCGUCGUCCAUCGCGGCCGAUCAUGGUUCGGUCCUUAUGAUGUUGUCUUGCUAUAUCCGGAUCUUGGAGACAUGCACCAAGAUCUUGACCGCCAUAAAGGCGGCGCUAUCUACGGGCUUCUCAUCGAAUGCUCGGCCAGUACCUGUCCUUCGGCUUUCCAUUGGUUCCAAUGCGUUGGAAAAUCAGUAUCCGCUUAUACGGUUGAGAGUGAUUAUAGAGCUUAUAGAGAGUCUUUUAGACUCUAUGCGAGCGUAUCUUGCCCCUAAUACAGAGGUUAACAGCGGUGGACAAAAGCAGUUCGAAGAAUUAGCGAAGGCAUCUUGGGAUCGCUGUACUUUUCGGCAGCAGUCUCAGCUUACGCAGCAGGCGAAUCCCUGUUAUCUCCAGGAAGACAAGGCGUUUGAGCUGAUUCGAACCAUUCGUAUAGACUUAAGGCAGCUUCAAGGCGAUAGUGUAGCGGCAGCUCUAGGGUUAAGUCGAGAUAUUCCUUAA